CUGGUCUGUGCGGGCGACGGACAGGGAUGAUCACGCAGUCUGCUCCGCCUCACCGCCUGCACCUCUUCCUCAUCGAUGAUCAGUCCCCGGAUUGUCCUGUCCUGGACUUUCAUCGACGCGAGUUCUCGAGACGCGGCCGCAGCUACUUGCAGCAUUGUUGCAUUUCCCUGACCUUUGCUGCCUGUGUCCGGUUCAAGUCGCUGGCGACAUGCAUCUCGAGAUCUCAACCAGCCUUAUCGACUCUUAACUACCUAUAGCGCCAGGAAGAGGAGGGUGUUACCCCCCCCCCCCCAGCCGAUAUCAUCGUUUCUGAUGGCUUGUCCUGAUACCCAGAUCAUUCGAGGGGUAGUGGCGGCAGAAACACUCAUCUCUGAAAAGGACGCAGCCGAUCCGUUUCUGCAUAGCGAACAGGACAUUGAUUCCGCCCUCUUCGAGAAGAUGGCCGGCCCAACCACAACCACCUUCCCCCGAUCUCAUCCUCACAGUUCUCAACGGUCAUCCGGCUCUUCAUCCAGAUUCACAGGCUCCAAGGGCUCAAUCGGUUCGACGACCCUGACGGGCUCUGGGGUGUCCAUUCCGGAAGUGAAACGUCGACCGUCUGUUUCCUUCGGCAUUACCCCUGACCCAGAUCUGUCUUCAGCGGAGGAGACCUGGAUCUCAGAUCUGCAUCAGCGUUUCGGCCUACAACAGCCAUUGGACCAGCAGAAUGACUCGACAGCAGCCAUUCUCACACCACCAAAACCGCGAUUUGCCAGGACGAGCAAGACCAAGAACACGCAGUUCAGGCCUAUCAGAAGGACAUCUGACGACGGCCACCCGCCCCCGAUUGAGAUCCCCCGAUCAGUAGCCAUGCCUGAAGGUCUCGGGAUUCGGACGGAUUUCCAACAGGACACUGAAGACGGUGAUUCCAUCACCAGUAUCCCUAUCCGCCGAAGCACGUCGGGUUUUCAUCAUCGGUCGGUCAGCGGGGCUUCACAAUUCUCGUCAACCACAUCAAGUACGACUAGAUCAGCGUCUCAGCACGUGCAUCCGAUGCGAAAGACGCCGUCCUGUUAUACCCCUCCGUUGGGCCAGUCAUUUCAGAACUACAAUGGUGAAAGCGAGCCUUCUGCGGAUACGGACGAGUCGUCUUCUGACACGAUCUUUCCCCGUCACUCGAGUCUGGACUUGAUCCGGGAGUCCGUCACUUCCACAGGCACGUCGUUCCACCGUCCAAAGUUGACUCGGGACAGCUCUCUCCCCAGGUUUUCGGAGUCGUCUCAGACGACGUUCAUUGGAAGGCGUUCAUUCGGCCACAACCGAGACAGCACGGGCGCUCUGGAACCGAUCUCACCGAUAUCCCGAUCCUCGUUGGAUUUCGGGUUUCGGAAGACGCGCACCAGCACUGACCCGGAUCCAAUUUCUCGCGCGGCCACGGUCCAGGCUGCCCGUCAGGCUUUCGAGGAGAAAGAGGCGGCCAAGAACCGUAAAUACGAAAAGCAACAGCUGAAAGCGCAAGAGAAAGAACAACGGCGCAAGCAGAAGCAGCUGUGGCAGAGGUACCGGGAUGUUGAUGUGGACAACCUGGAAGAUGCCACCGGUCCUGAAGAGCCAGUGUCCGAGAAGACCAGCGAAGACGAAGGCCCGGCAUCGAACGCAAGUCUUCGAGACCCGUCUGGUGAGCAAGGCCGGCCCGGGAUGGCCGCAUCACUUACAGGGAAGAGCAGAUCGCAUCCGUGGAAGACCAAAACGCGGAAUACGUGGGUGCUCUUCUUGACCUGGUUACGGACGCGAGUUUUCAAAGUCACCCGGAAACUACGCCGAUCCCGAUGACCGUGAGACAUGUGUUAUAUUGUAUAUAUGAUAAUCUGGGCAGGAAGCCAUCUUUUGUUGCGUGUUAUUUUUCUUUUUUUGAUUGAUGUCCAGGCAGGACUCCAGGACAAUGUUGCGCAUGCAUUGCUGGUAUCAUCUUUCCUAGCUCAUGCCAGACCGAGUGUUGCCCCUUGAGAGCCCCGGUCCUCUGUGUUUAGCUGGUGGCUUGGAUUAUAACUAUGCCGCUCCUGUACUGCGAUGUUUGCUCCAGCGAAAUAUUGUCUUCGGUGGACAAUCCCAUCUAUUUGGGUCAGUUUCCUUGUAUACUAUACAGAUUUCAAGUUUCAGGAAAUACAGUUGCAUCUAGAGAUUAAUUUUAGCUAUCAGUCUAUUGUUGGUCUGGUCAUGGAUCCUUUUGUAGAUCUGUUCUAGAUAGACUAGAAUGCUGUUG